AUGGCGAAACGGCUGAGUUCGUCCACUCAUCCUGCAGAAGUGAGUUAAUUCCGAGUGAAAUAAGUAUAUCUUCUGUUGCAGGUUGAAGAGACAAUUCUCGAAGAAUGCACAGAAAAGCUUGAUGACGAAGUCGAAGGAGAGGAUGGCGAGUUCAACGGGCAAUACGAAAUCAACCAGCAAGGCGUGAGUUUUCAACGGAAAGUCAUUAUUAUCUACGAAAAAAGUUACAGACUUCAUGCGAACCAGAGUAUAUGGCAUCCCAUAUCGAUUUUCUUCAGCACACUAAUCCGGGGAUGUCGAUGAAAGAGUUGUUCAGCCGCAAAAGACCCCGAACCCAGAAUGCCGGGUACAUUGAUCAUUCCCAAUCUCGCUAUUACGACCGGUACAAGCAACAAGAAUACACUCGUCGCAACGAUUACAUGAAGUAUUGUCACGUAUGUCGCAAAAAAACCGUCGGAAAGCUUCGUGUGCUUCCCGGUGAUCUCCGUAUGCGAAAAGUGUGGAUUCUGCGCUCGAACCUCGACGAAGAACGAUCCGCAGAGCUGUGGCUUCGUGAGCUAGCUUGUGAAGGAUCGCAUGGAGGAGAGUUUUGUGAAGCUCAUUUUCCGCCAGGCUCCACAAACAUAAAAGGAAAUCAGCUGAUGCCGCUGGAUGUUCGACCAGUGGUGAAAAUCACGUUUUUGUCCAUUUAAUUGGAAAUAUCUUUUUUCAGGAAGGAAGACAUUCUGUUAUGGAGGAUAUACAGUUUGAUUUUGACUCGAUCGUUCUUCAAUGUGUUUUUUGUGGAAGAGACGGAUCACUGGCCUCUAUGUUGCCGUUUAUUCGAGUAAUUUCUCGUAAUCAUUCAAAUGAUUAACAAAAAUUAUUGCAGAAUCGUGCGAAACGUUCUCGCUGGAUCGAGACCCUCGCGGCCGGAAACGCUGAGUUCAAACGCCGUUUAACGGCCGCGUUGCGUGGCGGUGUGACCCAGUUUAUCUGUGAUUUCCAUGUUGCCGACAGCAGCUUCGAAAUUAACGGAUUCGGCGAGUGGCGUCUUCUCCGGAAUGCUCUUCCUGAUCCUCGACUAGUGGCAUCUGACAAACGUGGAUUACGUGUGUAUUUGGUAGACAAGUGUCGCGACGAAAUGUUUUGGGAGCGAGAACUCUGGAAGAACGCUGAUCAGUUGAGCCAGCUCGGAAAUGGUGACGAAGAAGAGGAAGGUGUGAUUAUCGGAGAAGAGAUCCAUGAGUAUUUGGUUAAUGAGCAGGGCGAAGAAGGCGAAGGAAGCAGAAUCAGUAGGUUUAUCGUAUUGUUUUCCAUCAAAAUAAUUUGCUUUUCCAGUGAACAAUGACUCAUUGCGUGUGAAAAACAGUGUAGAGAAAGAAAAAGAUCCGUCUCAGCCGGGAACUUCAAUGGCAAUUGAUCUUAAACCGAAUGUUGAAUCAGGAGAAAUCAUAGAAUAUUCGGAUGACUCGGACGAAGAAAACGAGAUGAUAGAAAAAAUGGGCGAGAUACCAUACUCGAAGCGCCUGUGCCAGGUUUGCAGCGCCGUCGAAUCAACCGGUGCCGACUUCCAUACCAUUUUUCCUUACAAGUUCAAUAUCCGUACAUGGCCGUUUGACGAGUGCCGUCACAAAAAAUGGCUGGAAAUUAUGGAUUGGCCGCCCGAGUUUGAGGAGUCGAUGAAGACCUUGUGGCAGAAGCGCAAAACUGAAGGAGCCCUUACGAACGCCUAUCACUUCUGUCCGAUCAAUGUCUGUCAAAGCCAUCUCGAUUAUAGAGUAGGUUCUAUUUAUCAAAAACUAUGCUUUACGCGUUCUGUUUAUUUCAGAAACUUCCUGAAAAAAUGGAUGACUGGCACCGAACGUUCUGCGUGCUCUGCGACUCUUGCAUGAGUGACAAGAAUCUGCUGGUCAGUCUUCCUCACGACGUGGAGACCCGUCAGAAAUGGGUAGAUGCUCUGUUCCCAUUCGACGAAUCCAGCAGAUUCAACGUCAAGAAAGUUUAUUGGCUUCGUCGCCGUCUUAUUCGACCAAAACCCACCAGAUACCGCAUCUGUGUGUAUCACUUUGGUCAAAAGGCGUUCGUUACUGGAGAAGACGGUAAAACAACUCUCGACCGAGAUGCAGUGCCACUUGCUAUGGAUGCGGACGACUUUGAUAUGAUUCCACGUGGACCUAAUUCUGUGUGCAAAUGUCUUCUGUGUGACGAUUGGAAAAAGGUAGAAGAGAUGUCGACUCUCAGAAUUCCGACGACAGAUUCGGAGAAAAACUUCCUUAUCGACUCUCUUGUUCAAGCCGAGAAAGUGGUUGUGAAAAAAGCGUUGAGCACUUUAUCGAAAUUAGAGAGAACUGCGCUCAUUUGCAUUUCUCACUUUCCGGAUAACUUGGAUCCAUUCAACAUUAUCGCGGAGCGCCGGAUUAUGUACGGCGUCCAGGCAGAAUGUGUUCUGUGCGGUCAUGCCAACGACUGCACCACAAUGAUACCCUUUCCGGGACAUGAAGAUGAGAAGCUUCGUACCAAAUGGAUCAAUUCGAUGUGUCGAGAACCGUGGAUUUACCGCUAUCUUUUGACUCGUCUCGAGAAGCGUGGAAGACAUUACCUCUGCGCCUCCCAUUUCAAUCGCAAUUCUCUCCGUUAUCAUUCUGGACUCGGAUUGUGGAAAAAAGCGUCGGCGACGCCGGUGCUCGCUUGUACCACAGAAGAAGAAAGACAAGAAGUAUGGGAUCUUAGCAAGUCUCAGCCACUCUAUCAUCCGCUCAUAAUCGAAUCUAUUGACGUCGACGGUUGUGCUCCACUUGACUAUGACCAUGUAGUCGGAUUCCUUGGAGCUACCCGAAUGAUCGAGGUGAUCAUCACAUUCUGUCUCAAUUUAAUUUCAAAUAUUUCUAGAUUGAAAACGAAUUGAACUUUCACGGACGCACAGAAGCGAUGACGACUCGUGAACGACGGGAAAAACGGAAGAGAAGCCAGAUGCAGGCGGCCGACUACUAUGAUAUGCCUGAGAUAUAUGCUCAAGAUGAGCUAGUGGAAACUGAGGGAGAAGUGGUGCAGGAGGAGUGCAUCAUAUAUCAGCAAGAGCAUCAUUUGGAUGGCGAUGAGCUCGGAGUGGAAGAAGUCGAGGAGGUGGUUGUGGAGGAAGAAGUAGAAUAG